AUGGUAAAGUACUCGGUUGAAGUCAGUCCCCCGGAGCUAAUCCGACCAGAGAAACAAAGGCCGAGAGAAGUUGUAUAUUUGUCAAACAUUGAUGACCAAAGUGGCCUAAGAAACCACAUACCAUUUGUCCAUUUUUAUCCCCCAAUUAGCAGCACAAUCAGCAAGAUGCAAGGUGGUCAUGGUGAUGAUCAGGACAUGGUUGUGCUGAUAAAACAGGCCUUAUCUAAGGUUCUUGUUCACUACUAUCCCGUCGCCGGCAGACUCCGUAAGGCGGACAACGGAAAGCUUGUCGUCGAAUGCAAUGGCGAAGGUGUGAUCUUCCGCGAGGCCAGUGCCGAUGUCAAGUUGGCUGAGCUGCGUGGGGCUGAAGGUGGAGGGCUGAGGCCGCCCUUUCCUGAAUGGGAUAAGCUGCUUGUUGACGACAUCUGGGGCGCCAACUUCAUCACGGAUUCUCCCUUGCUUCGCUUGCAGGUAACGAGACUUGGGUGUGGGGGCUUUGUCCUGGCUUACACCUUCAACCAUUGCAUAUGCGAUGCUUAUGGUGCAUACCAAUUCAUGCAGGCUCUGUCGGAAUUCUGCAAAGAUCCAACCAAAUCCUCCCCUUCCUCAUUGCCAUCUUGGGGGAGAGAGAUUCUAAAACCCCGCUCGCCGCCCACCAUUUCCUACCCUCAUCCAGAAUACGACACUGCCGACAACAUGAAUCCCACCAACACUUGGACUGAGACACAAUUCAAACACCUUGCGCAGACAUCCGUAUUCCUUUCAAGCAAUGACAUAUCACUCCUGAAAAGCCAAUUUCCCAGCAAGAAAGUCCCGACCUUUGAUGCUGUGGCUGCCUGCUUGUGGCGAGCAAGAAGUGGAACCCUUCUUAGUCCCAAUUGCACCACGAGACUUCUCUUCCCAAUCGACACCCGCUUCAGAUACAAGCCAUCUCUACCAAAGGGUUACUAUGGGAGUGCCGUUGUGUUUCCCUGUGCCAUCACACAGGCAGCUAAACUUGUUGAGAAACCACUGCCUUAUGCUGCCAGUCUGAUCUCAGCAGUGAAAAGGAGUGUCUCAGGGGACGACUACCGAGCUUCUGUUCUGGAUUUCAUCGAGGUCAACGGCCGCAGAGGGUUCUGUUCUGAAGGGGCAUUUGUUGUUUCGGACAUGACUCGUUUGGGAUUCACCGACGUUGAUUUUGGUCGGGGCAAAGCUGUAUAUGCAGGGCCGGCAAGAGCUGGAACUGGAUUGGUUCCUGGAAUGGUGACUUCACUCAUUACACACAAGAAUGAAGAGGGCGUUGAGGGAGUCUUGGCGCUGGUUUCAUUGCCUCAAGAAUCACUGGAGAGGUUCCACAGUGAGAUAAGGAAACAAGUUGAUUAUGCUGUUCCUUCCAAACUUAUUUCUGCCCUCUAA